UUCCGUUCAGUUUCAUUUCUCGUCGCGAUCUGAACCAUCGUCCCUCUAUACAAAAUUCAUUUGAAAAAAAUAAAAUAACUGAAAAAUUGUAGUUUAAAAUUUUACAUUUUUUUCAGACGAGAACUUUGAACGGUUAAUUUUACUCUGUGAUAUAGCUCUUAGAUUUGCCUACUUAUAAUAUUAUUUUUAGUUCUUGAAAGGCAAAAAGAAACACACUACAAAGAUAGAAACCAUGUUGACUGAUAUGGAUAAGUUGCCGUCCAUAAAACUGGGAGAUUUUACACUCGAAUUCGAACUUGGGCUGCCGAGUCCCGAAAUUCAAGAAGUUGCGAAGAAAGAACUUCGUGAAAGUCCAGAACUUCAGAAAGAAGCAGUCGAACAACUUAGAGAAUUACUCAAAGCCGAGAAAGAUUUGCUCUGUCCGUUGGAGAAUGAGGCUUGGCUGAUACGGUUCCUUAGACCUUGCAAGUAUUAUCCGGAAUCUUCAAUCAAAUUAGUGAAGGAAUAUUACAGCUUUAAAGUUCGUCACUCGAACGUUUAUGAGGGUUUAAAACCCAGCCGAGAAAAGAAUAUAUUCGAACAAAAUAUUCUCACGGUAUUACCGAAUCGUGAUCAGCACGGUCGGCGUAUAUUGAUAAUAGAGCUUGGUAAAAAAUGGAAGCACAACAAAUGUAGCCUUGAUGAGGUUUUCAAGGGUUGCGUUUUGUAUCUCGAGGCUGCGAUGCUCGAGCCAACAACCCAGAUUGCUGGUGCGGUAGUCAUUUUCGACAUGGAUGGUCUAAGCAUACAGCAGACGUGGCAAUUCACUCCACCAUUUGCCAAAAGAAUAGUUGAUUGGCUGCAGGACGCUGUACCAUUAAGGAUAAAAAAUAUUCACAUCAUUAACCAGCCUUAUGUCUUUAACGUCGUAUUUUCCCUCUUCAAACCAUUUCUCAAGCCAAAACUUAAAGAACGAAUUAUUUUCCAUGGCACCGAUCGAAAAUCCCUUCAUCAAUAUUUGUCGCCCAAGGCCCUCCCCGACUGUUACGGUGGCACGUUACAAAUCCCGCGGGUUACCGGACCACAGUGGCUCGAACUUUUGCUUAUGUGCGAUAAGGAAUACGAUGCAAUCAAUUCGUAUGGUUAUAAGAAAAAGUGAAAAAUCGUGAGUGAAGAGAAUGGAAUCCAGUGAGAGUUCUUAUUUUAGUAGAGUGAGAAACGACAUCGAUUUUUAAUAUAAAUUCUGUCAUUACAAUAACUGUUUUUAUAUUAUUCUUACUAUCGUACAUAUAAAUACCAUUGCACUUAUUA